GUGGUGGGGGGAGGGGCGGCGGUUCGAGGACGUUUGAAUUCAAUGGAACGCGGACGCGGUUGAAGGGCGGCCUUGUUCUAAACGGCAGCCGCGCCGCGUCGCGUCGCGCGGGCCCGAGCUCGAGCCACAGAGCAGCGCCGCUCCAAAUGGCGUCUCCGCCUCGACCGGGAACCUGCGUGUGAGCUGAAUAUUGGAAAGAUGGCAAGAAACGGGCCAACAGCAUGUUUCAGCACCUCAAAUGAACAGCAAUUGUUAGCUUCAGAGCAAGAAAGUCAAGUAAGACCGAAGCCACUUUUACUCAAGCUGCUGCAGUUUGCAGGAGCACAGAAUGAAAUCUUCACAAUAAAGGAGGUAAUGUACUAUCUAGGACAAUAUAUAAUGGCAAAACAUUUGUACGAUGAAAAACAGCAACAUGUAGUCCAUUGUUCAGAUAAUCCUCUAGGUCGCUUGUUUGGAGUACAGAGCUUUUCAAUUAAAGAGCCGAGGACACUGUACACAAUGCUGUCAAAAAAUUUGAUACCCUUGAACCCAGAAGAUUCUGCAAGUCACCUGCCUCUUAUGAAGGAAAUUAACUGCGAACUUGAAAGUGAAGAUUAUUUGAGGGUGAGGUCAAAUGAAGGGACUGAAUGUACAUCGUGUGAUGUUUCCCCUCUUCAUACCUCAGGAAGGAAAUCUACUUACUAUGACUCUGAUAAUGACGUUCCAUCUGUUGAGCAACCUUACACUGGGCGUCGAAAGCGCCACAGAUCAGAUAGCAUUUCCCUCCACUGGGACGAUCUGUCUUUGUACCUGAUAAGCAAGUUGCGUCGUGAACAUGAAAACUGUGACUCAUCAGACUCUUGCAGUAAUGCGGAUGUAGAUGCUGGUACAGACGGUGAAGAUUCCAGUGAUAAAUUCAGUGUUGAGUUUGAGGUUGAAUCUAUCCAUUCCGAAGAUUACAGUGAGCAUUCACAAGAGCUAAGCGAUGAAGAGGUAUAUGAAGUUACUAUAUAUGAAGCGGCUGGCAGUGAUGAGGACUCCUACAAUGAUGACAUUGAUCCAGAAAUAUCAGCAGCUGAUUACUGGAAAUGUGAGAACUGUGGAGAGCUGAAUCCUCCGCUACCACGUUACUGUCAUCGAUGUUGGUUCCUCCGCCGGGACUGGCUUCCAGACAAACCAAAACGUCAGACGUGCAACACUGACCCUUUAAUUGAGCAGGAUGAAGGUAUUGAUGUCCCUGAUUGCAAAAAACCAUCACUUGAGACAAAUGAAUCUUACUGUUCAGAAUCUCAAGAAACGGAGAGCUCACAACCUUCUGUAUCAAGUAGCUUUAUCAACAGUAGCCAGGAGACUGAAGAAAAUGCAGAAAAGGGGGAGAAAGGUGAAUCAAACAAUUCAGGACCUGUAGAGCCUUGUGUUAUAUGUCAAACUCGACCAAAGAAUGGGUGCAUUGUUCAUGGAAAGACAGGCCACCUUCUGGCAUGCUACACUUGUGCAAAGAAGCUGAAAAGAAGAAACAAACCAUGUCCUUUGUGCAGAGAACCAAUUCAAAUGGUUGUUUUGACCUAUUUUAGUUGAAUCUUUAUGACUUAUUUAUAAUUGUAGAUUUAGCUUUCAAUGAGGGAGUCGAUAUAGAAAGAUGUACUGCUGUUUUAAAUGUUGAGCACAGAUUACACUUUAACCAAAGGAAGGUUCUGUUUAAGAAUUAUUUUCCUUUAUUUUCAAACAAAUUCUUUUCAGUUGUUAUUGUCUUUAUGGUUUCUGCUCUUCUGUUUUGAGGGGAUCUCGUUUGGGUGAUGAGGAAUAAAGCAUAUGGAAUUACAGCAAUAGCCUACUACAUUUACAGGCUAUAAUUUUAUUUCUGUAAUUCUUGUUGGGAAAUUUUUCUAUAUAAUAAACGUAAAAUGUAGUUUAGAUCUAUUGAAGUGUCACUUUUAUGUAAAUUGCAGAAGAAUGUUAGUACAAAUAUUUAUCGUAGAGAACAUGGCUUAAUAGAGGUUCAAUCAAAAAAGAUAGCAGUAGUGAAAAGUCCAAAUCCCUUCAUUUAGAGUAAACGUGUACUACACACAGUAAAGUUGUAGAUUAAAUACAUGGGAGUUACAGGCACUGGUAGUUAAAUACAAUAUUGACACUUUUGGAAACAUGCAUUGAUGACAAAUCAUACAUGUCAAUGGAACCAUACACCAGGCAGGAUUAUGGAAAAGUAGAGAUGUGAUAAAAUUAGCAAGAUUGUUGCCAUUAACCUGCUGACAGACUGAAGAGGGAGAAGAGCUGACCUUGGGUCAAUCUUUUAUUCAAAUGCUGCUUUAAGAGCAACUGAUGAAAACCUGGAACAAUGUUACUUGUGCCAUUAUCUCCACAGGGAAAAUGGAGAAGAGAAUAUCUCAAAAAGAUGUCAACUUGUAUGAAAACCUUGAAGCAUUACUUUUGCAAAAUAGUAUGAACAAGUGUGGUCCUACUAUUUUGCAAAUAUUCCAGGCCAGUUUACAUCAAGUCCUGUAUCUUUUUUCCCUUUUAAAUACUGAUGUUUUAGCACCUAUUGCAAUGUCACAAACAAAAAUGUGUUAAAUGCAAGUUAAAGAGCUGCACUGAUCAGAAAUAGGAAAUGCUCAAACCUAGUUAAUAGUUGCUUUGGUUCACUUUAUCUAGGAACUUUGGUAACGGGAAUAUUGCCUGUAAAAAUUAAUCUUUAAGAUACAUUUCAUUUAACUAGGUAUGUGUUUAAGAAACUAAUCUUUUGAGAGCCUUUUCACACACGGGGAGGGCCAAUGCUUAGUCUUUAAACAGAACAUUGCAAGCUAUAGUUGUCAAAUGGUAGUUAUAUUCUAUGUAGAUAAUCCAUACUUUUUAUUUACACGUUCACUAUAUACAAGAUCUUUGAUUCAAUUUUAAUACACUUAACGCUCCCCCCCAAAAAAAAUUCUAUAUCGAUUCAAUUGUAUCCUGCAAUGGGUGAUGAUGAUGAUGGUCAGUCAAAGAAACCAGCAGUGACCUACCCCAACUUCUGAGUUGGUAAAACCGCUGCCUACUGUGAAACUGAGUGAUUCAGUUGUGUGCUGAUUUAGCUGUUCUCAGUCAGGACAACGAGUAUUGCAUUUGAAUUUAGCACCAACUGAGCUCGGGAGGUAGAAAACCAGAGUUCCAAUUUCUACUGUGUUCACUGACUCCUUUUGGAAAAAGGGACCAGAUGCUUUCUACAGUUCAAUAGCUGCUGUGCUUGCUGUCUUGGCUCAUAUGCAACUAACUAGUUGAGAAAGGUUGAAGAGAGCUGCAUAUCCCCAUGAAUAUGUAGCAGUAAAAUUCAGUCCCCUCAGGGAAGGAAGAGGAGAACAUUGGGUUUAAAAUGUAUAAUUUCCGUGCUGCUCUCUCCUAAAGCAUGGCUUUAGUCUCUUGUGUUUAAUGGUGGUUUAUAUAGCCUCUGAUUUCUUCACCUCACUCGGAAAAGCAAAACUUUGGAAAUUAUAUUGAUUUAACUUGUAAUACCUGUACAGUAGCCAGAGCAUUCCAGAAUGUUGGUUCCAUUUAAUAAGUUGUCAGUACGGAUGAUGCUGUAAUAGAGAGACGCUGCUGAUAUUUGAUCUUGAGGGAGGGAGAGCUUCAAAGGGACAUGCACCUGGACUGUUCCAUUUUAACAGCUUGUUGGUAGGUGCGUUAAGGAAGCUGCUUAAACUUCAGGCAGCUUUAACCCCAACUGGCUUUAACCCCAAUAAAUUGACCUCACCUGUUUGGCUUGUCUCAAAUUUAACCACAGUAUUUCUUUCUGAGAUCCUUCAGUCUCCCAGAAUGGGUCUUACGUUCUCCCCCCCCACCCCACCCCCAACUCCCCUCAGUAAUAUUGAUCUUUAACAUAUUCACAUUUUGUAAUGUUAAUAGUUUGGGAAUAGUUUCAUAAAUGUCUAUUUAAAAACUAACGUAAGAAGAUUUAUUCACUUUUUGUCUCUUUGGACUUUACUCUUUAGAAAAUGUGUGCAGCCUUUAAACUCGUAUACUGGCUCCAAUAUAUGGCUAUUAGUAAAAAUACAUAAUCUCAUGCGAUUACUGAAAUUCUGAGGUCACUGUAUCACACUCACUUCCUAUUUUCUUUAAAUAGAACACCUGAGUUUGCUGCUGUAUGACCAUACUAGUUUGCUUCAAUAGGUUAGAUAGUAAAUAGCAGAAUUGUCAGAAAAUUCAUGCAUAUUGUAAUGUAAACAUGUAUGCCUUGAUGUUUUUAACAUUUGCUUAAAAUUUAAACUGCAUCUCUAGAUGAGAUCUAUUGGGAUGGACUGUUAUAUUGACUGUAGCAUAUUAGAUAGAGCUGUUUUGUGCUUCUUUGCAUUUCUGUUUGGCCAAUUUCAUACAAUACUGAAGUACAAUAUUUCUGCAAUGAGGUAUUAUAGAUUGAAAAACGAUUUUGUGUAAAGAAUAUGAGAAUUUCAUACUUGUAUGCCGGUAAUUCAACUUGCCUUUACUUUGAUGAAGAAUCUAUUUAAGUUCUGAGUUCUGUAUAAACUUUAUUUUCAAACAUCAAUUUACUUUUGAAGAAUAAAUGGAAGAUUUUGUGAGAAAA